UUCUCUUGGAGCUCUCUCUCUCUCUCUCGUUCUCUUGACGUCCCUCGCUGGCUCUCUACCGUUCCCUCUUCGUAUUGGCUUCGAUUCAUCUCUUCUUUCUAGAAUUUCUUUGAUUCUUCGAGUGUAAUCACAUGUUCAUGCCAAACUUGGAAGCUUAUUUAUCUGUGAGAGCUUGAUUUGCCGUCGUAUUUUCACUUCAAUCUCCCUCUAUUCUACGAAGCUUUCAAAACCCUAACCCUAGCCCUCUCCCUUGGAAGAAGUCUUCAUUAGCAUCCGUAUCGAAGCCAAACCCUAAUUGGCUUCGGAAAGUUUAUUUUCUCGACUCGAAUAUCACUCGCCGCUUGGAGGAAUAGUAACUCUGGAUUCAGCAAACCUGCCAUGGCAGAAAACAGAAAAAGGAGCGGCCCACCUGGAAAUGGGAGGGUUUCUGUGGCAGGGAGUCCUUACGCUAUUGAUUUACAGGUCUUCAACAGAAGGUUGCAGGCCCUUUAUUCCCACUGGAGGGAGCACAAAACUGAGCUCUGGGGCUCUUCUGAUGUCCUUGCAGUUGCUACACCUCCUGCUUCAGAUGAUCUAAGAUACCUGAAAUCUUCCGCUCUAAACGUUUGGUUAUUUGGUUAUGAAUUCCCUGAUACCAUAAUGGUUUUCCAGGACAAGCAGAUUCAUUUCUUGUGUAGCCAGAAGAAGGCCUCUUUACUUGAUUCUGUGAAAAAGUCUGCUAAGGAGCCUGUUGGCCUGGAAGUUGUCAUGCAUGUAAAGGCAAAAAGUGAUGAUGGGACUGCACAAAUGGAUGCUAUGCUUCAGGCUAUUCGCGCACAGUUGAAGUCUGAUGGUCCUGUGGUUGGUUAUAUAAAAAGAGAAGUUCCAGAGGGGAAUUUGUUGGAGAAAUGGGAUGAAAAGCUGAAGAACUCUAAUCUUCAGCUGAGUGACAUAACCAAUGGGUUGUCUGACCUUUUUGCAUUUAAGGACAGUGAAGAGAUCAUAAAUGUGAAGAAGGCUGCGUAUUUGACGGCUAGCGUGAUGAAGAAUUUUGUGGUUCCAAAACUUGAGAAGGCUAUUGAUGAGGAGAAAAAAAUCACACAUUCUUCACUGAUGAAUGAGACUGAGAAGGCCAUAAUGGAGCCUUACAAAGUUAAGGUGAAGUUGAAGGCUGAAAAUGUAGAUAUCUGUUACCCUCCAAUCAUUCAGAGUGGUGGCAAGUUUGAUCUGAGACCUAAUGCUACAAGUGAUGACGAGUAUCUGUAUUAUGAUUCUCCCAGUGUGAUCAUAUGUGCUAUUGGUUCUCGGUACAAUAGUUACUGCUCCAAUGUUGCUAGGACUUUCCUAAUUGAUUCGACUCCAAAACAAAGCAAGGCUUAUGAGGUUCUACUGAGAGCUCAUGAAGCUGCAAUUGGUGCAUUAAAGCCUGGGAACAAGGUUGGUGCUGUGCAUCUGGCAGCCCUCUCUGUGGUUGAGAGGGAUGCUCCUGAUUUAGUAGGUAACCUGACAAAAUCUGCAGGUACAGGGAUUGGUCUAGAGUUUCGUGAAUCGGGCUUAAGUCUUAAUGCCAAGAAUGACCGGGUGUUGAAACCAGGCAUGGUUUUCAAUGUGGCACUUGGUUUCCAGAACUUGCAGACACAGAAUAAGAACCCUAAGAGUCAGAAUUUUUCUCUGAUGCUUGCAGACACUGUUAUUGUUACUGAGAAGGGCCAUGAUGUGGCGACUAUACUAAGCUCUAAGGCUGUUAAGGAUGUGGCUUAUUCCUUUAAUGAAGUUGAAGUUGAAGAAGAAGAGCAACAGCCUAAAGUGAAAGCUGACUCCAAUGUUGCUACAACUCUAUAUUCCAAGGCGACUCUAAGAUCAGGCAGUCAAGAGUUAACAAAGGAAGAGCAGAGAAGGCGACACCAGGCUGAACUUGCUCGUCAGAAGAAUGAAGAAACUGCCAGACGUCUUGCUGGUGGAGAUCCUGCAACUGGAGAUAACCGUGCUUCUGCAAAGACUUCAAACGAGUUAAUUGCAUACAGGAAUGUUGAUGAUGUGCCCCCUCCUAGAGAAAUGAAGAUUCAGGUUGACCAGAAGAAUGAGGUCAUCCUCUUACCUAUAUAUGGAAGCAUGAUCCCUUUCCAUGUUUCCACUGUUAAGACGGUCUCUAGCCAGCAGGACACGAAUAGAACUUGCUAUAUCCGCAUAAUGUUUAAUGUUCCUGGGACCCCUUUCAAUCCUCACGAUGCAAACUCUUUGAAGCAUCAGGGGUCUAUAUAUCUGAAGGAGGUCUCCUUUCGGUCCAAGGAUCCAAGGCAUUCUAGUGAAAUAGUACAGUUGAUUAAGACACUUAGGCGGAAUGUUGUGGCGAGGGAGUCGGAGAGAGCUGAGCGCGCAACUUUGGUUACUCAAGAGAAGUUGGUAUUAGCAGGGAAUAAAUUUAGACCAAUAAGAUUGCUUGACCUAUGGAUCCGUCCUCCAUUUGGUGGCCGUGGAAGAAAGCUGUCUGGUGCACUAGAAGCUCACACAAACGGGUUUCGGUAUUCAACCUCGCGGCAAGAUCAGCGUGUGGAUAUUAUGUAUGGAAAUAUCAAGCAUGCUUUCUUUCAACCUGCAGAGAAUGAAAUGAUCACUCUUGUUCACUUCCAUUUGCACAACCACAUAAUGGUUGGAAACAAGAAAACCAAGGAUGUCCAAUUCUAUGUUGAAGUGAUGGAUGUGGUCCAGACCCUUGGAGGGGGGAAGAGAUCUGCUUAUGACCCUGAUGAGAUUGAGGAAGAACAACGAGAGAGGCAACGGAAGAAUAAAAUCAACAUGGAUUUCCAGACUUUCGUGAACCGUGUGAAUGAUCUCUGGGCUCAGCCUCAAUUCAAAGAGCUUGACCUCGAGUUUGAUCAGCCUCUGAGGGAACUAGGCUUCCAUGGAGUUCCGCAUAAGGCCUCAGUAUUCAUUGUCCCAACUUCGAGCUGCUUGGUUGAGCUGAUAGAGAGUCCUUUCCUUGUGGUCACAUUGAGUGAGAUUGAGAUUGUAAACCUCGAGAGAGUGGGUCUUGGGCAGAAGAACUUUGACAUGGCUGUCGUAUUCAAGGACUUCAAACGCAAUGUGCUGCGAAUUGAUUCUAUUCCUUCUACAGCACUUGAUGGCAUCAAAGAGUGGCUUGAUGCAACCGACCUCAAAUAUUACGAAAGCAGACUGAAUAUGAACUGGAACUCCAUACUGAAAACAAUCACUGAAGAUCCACAGGGGUUCAUCGAGGAGGGGGGAUGGGAGUUCUUGAACUUAGAAGCUAGUGACUCAGAGGAGUCCGAGAACACAGAGGAGUCCGACCGAGGUUACGAGCCAUCAGAUGUGGAGCCUGAGUCAGAGUCGGAGGAUGAUGAUUCUGACAGUGCAUCGCUAGUGGAGUCCGAGGAUGAGGAAGAGGAAUCAGAUGAAGAUUCAGAGGAAGAGAAGGGCAAGACAUGGGAAGAGUUGGAGAGGGAAGCCAGUAAUGCCGACAGGGAGAAAGCGAAUGAAUUGGAGAGCGACGAUGAAAGGAGGCGAAGGAAAGCCAAGGCUUUUGGGAAGUCUCGAGCUGGUCCCAGUAGGGCUGCCCCCAAGAGGCCAAAGCUUAGAUAGAAGAUGGGAGAGGAGAGGAGGGGAGGGUCUCACUCUCAUCAUCAUCGUGGUUCUCUUUUGUAGCAUAGAAGAACAGUGGUUACAGUAGUAGUAGUGGUAGUGGUUGCUUUAUUGUGGUUUAGUGAACCACCUUAGAAGUAAACACCCAGGGCUUUUUUGUUCUCUUAUGGCCAUGUCAUGUCUUGGGUGCUCAACAGGAUGCGUAGACCAUAUAGAUAUAGAACCUGCAGGUUGUAAAUUGGUGGCAUUACUUCAUAUUAAAAGGACCAUCUCUUUAUAUA